UCUUUGGUCUUCAUCUACAAUCCCACAAAUCCCUAAAUUCGUAAAUGGCAGAACACUUAGCUUCAAUUUUCGGUACAGAAAAGGACAGAGUGAAUUGUCCUUUCUAUUUUAAGAUCGGUGCUUGUAGACAUGGCGAUCGCUGUUCUAGGCUGCAUACAAAACCUAGUGUUAGCCCCACUAUUCUCCUCUCUAACAUGUAUCAAAGACCUGAUUCAAUUACACCUGGUGUUGAUGUUCAUGGCCAACCUAUUGAUCCUCGUAAAAUCCAGGAACAUUUUGAGGAUUUUUAUGAAGACUUGUUUGAAGAACUGAACAAGUAUGGAGAGAUUGAGAGCCUGAAUGUUUGUGACAAUCUGGCUGAUCACAUGGUUGGUAAUGUUUAUGUUCAGUUUAGAGAAGAAGAGCAGGCUGCAAAUGCAGUGAAGAAUCUUACUGGGAGAUUCUAUGCCGGAAGGCCCAUCAUUGUUGAUUUCUCUCCGGUGACUGAUUUUCGUGAAGCCACCUGUCGACAGUACGAGGAAAAUGUCUGCAACCGCGGUGGAUAUUGCAACUUUAUGCACCUCAAAAAGAUCAGCAGGGAAUUGCGUCGUCAGUUGUUUGGAAGGUAUAGGAGAAGGCAUAGCAGAAGCAGAAGCAGGAGCCGAAGUCCUUACAGGCAUCGUAGCUAUGAAGAGCGCUCUCGUAGGAGUCAUAGUAGAAAGUAUGAUGAAAGGGAUCAUUAUUAUGAGAGUCGGAGCAGGAGGAACAGAAGUACAAGCCCUGAACAUAGGAGGGGUAGGAGCAGGAGUCCAGUUGCCAGGAGAGACCAAAGUCCAGUUAGGGAUAGCAGCGAAGAGAGGCGUGCAAGAAUAGAGCAGUGGAACCGGGAAAAGGAACAGGCAGAACUUGCUAACCAAGAUCAGUAUUAUAAUCAGCAAUGAGAAGACAGUGCAUAUGGAUAACUAAUGAAAAUAUUGUGCAGUGGUUGUGGAGCCAAGUCAGAAGAUAUAUCCCUACAGUUUUGGUUUGACAGGCAUUUGCAGGGACGAGAGAAGAAUGAUUGAGCACUCUUCUGCAGCUUGAGACGGCAACGUUCGAAUUAUUUUUUCUUUCGUCUUAUUUUAGGGUAAUGCAACUUCGGAACAGGGUACUGCUGGUUUUGCAUUCUCCAGACUAACUACUGUUUGCUAUUAUGUAUGGUGGUGAAAUUGUAUGAGACUAUUUAGGGUUCCAGACCUCUAGUUUGUAACCUUUCUGGAAGAGAAUCUUGAUAUCGUUUAGGCAUUUCAUCUUUUACUUCUUGAUUUGGGUCUGUGCUGACAUCUGCCGAGUAGCACGGGCUGUGCUGUGUAUUGGCGUUUGAACAAUAUUUGGUUGAAGAUGAGCAGUACGUUGCCUAACA